CAGGCGUUAACUCCGGGCUGUGGCAAGAUGGCGUCCCUGGAUCGGGUGAAGGUACUCGUAUUGGGAGACUCAGGUGUUGGGAAAUCUUCACUGGUUCAUCUUCUGUGCCAAAAUCAAGUACUGGGAAAUCCAUCGUGGACUGUGGGCUGCUCAGUAGAUGUCAGAGUUCAUGACUACAAAGAAGGAACCCCAGAAGAGAAGACCUACUAUAUAGAAUUAUGGGAUGUUGGAGGCUCUGUGGGCAGUGCCAGCAGUGUGAAAAGCACAAGAGCAGUGUUCUACAACUCUGUAAAUGGUAUUAUUUUAGUACAUGACUUAACAAAUAAGAAGUCAUCCCAAAACUUGUAUCGUUGGUCAUUGGAAGCUCUCAACAGGGAUUUGGUGCCAACUGGAGUGUUGGUAACAAAUGGGGAUUAUGACCGGGAACAGUUUGCUGAUAACCAAAUCCCACUGUUGGUAAUAGGAACUAAACUGGAUCAGAUUCAUGAAACCAAGCGCCAUGAAGUUUUAACUAGGACUGCUUUCCUAGCUGAGGAUUUCAAUGCAGAAGAAAUUAAUUUGGACUGCACAAAUCCCCGGUACCUAGCUGCAGGGUCUUCCAAUGCCGUCAAGCUCAGUAGGUUUUUUGAUAAGGUCAUAGAGAAGAGAUACUUUCUAAGGGAAGGUAAUCAGAUUCCAGGCUUUCCUGAUCGAAAGAGGUUUGGGGGAGGAACGUUAAAGAGCCUUCAUUAUGACUGAAUUACACCCAUCCUGGAAGACUGAGCAAGCAGUGGCAGUUUUGCACAGCUUUCUUCUUGUUGUGUUGAUUGUUAAUAUUUCAGCCUUUUAACAGAAUCAUCCUAAAAUGCCACCCUUCAGCCUCACCCUUUAAUGGAAAGCUGAAAGGAAGUGACAGCGUGGGAGGUCCAAACUUUGUCCCUAUUCUCUCUGUUCCUCACCUUUCUGUCCCUGUUUAUAGAUUAUGUAAAAGCCUUGUGGAAAUAUGAGAUGUUGUCAAAAUGAUGCAGUAAAUGAGCAGUGACAGAGUGCUGCAGGAAAAAUUUAAUCUUCCCAGAACUGGAAGGUUUCUUAUGGGUCUGUAAUUUUCCCACACUCCUUGCUGAAGGUUUAAUUAAGGACUUCAAAAAUGUACCUCUGUUGUUUUACCUUCUUGAGGGGAAAGGUUAUGUUAACCAGCCCUGGGUUGUCCACCCCAAACAAUCUCUGUCAUUUUCAAAGAAGCAAAAUGGUGUUAUUUAAUUGUCUCCACUCUCAUCACACACAAGGAGGCCUAAUAAUAGCAGCCCUUGUCUCCCUCUCCUCUCCUUUGCAAAUGGUUCAGUGGCUAGAAGAGGCGGACUAAUAGCUGGAGUUAAAUAUAAAUAGAUUAAUAAUACAUAGAGAACAGCAGUACCAGAAAAGGAGAAUUCCCUGAGAAAUUGACAGCUCACUAAAUCCUUCACUCUGGGUUACGGAUGUCUGCACUGUCUUAUUGUUUUCUCUUUGGAAAUAGGCAGGGUGAAAUCUAAGACCUGUUCAAGGGCAAUAAGAGAGAUUUACUGCCUCUACUGUUUUUAUUUUUUUAAAGGAAAAGUCAACUCCUGAAAUGUCUCUUAACUGUAGUCAGUAAACUAAGAAUGUAAUUCUCUGUGUCAACAAUGUAUUUAUGGAGAGAAGUAAAAAUAAGUUCUACAGCAACACAUUUACAUGAAUUAUGGACUAGGAUUCUUAGAUUUCAUAAUCCAACGUUUUUUGAGGGUGGUGGUGUAUGUGUGCAUAUGCAUAAUUGUUCAUCGUUCCUUUUUUUACCCAUCUUGUUUGCUCGUUUAAUUCUCUCUGCCCUGGUUCUUCUUUAAUAUAUAGACCUGGUUUCCAAAAACUGCAAUUUGCUGCCUUAUUCAGCACCACCUUUUUACUCAUAACCACUCUCUGGCUCUGAGGCAGGUCUUUGCAUUCCUGAUUUUGCUCCAUAUUAGAAAAAAAUAGUAGGUAUACAGUUUCAGCUCCUCAUUUUAAAACUACGCAAAAAACACGAAAUUCACUUUCUAUUCCAUUUUAAUUAAAUUUCAGAAGUACUCUGGAAAUCAAGGUAUGCUAAAAGAGGAUCUUAAAAUAAGGUUAGGCAGUGCGUUUAGAAAGGAAGUUGUAGGAAUUUGGGGAAGGAUUUUUAAAGCACUUUUGAUCAGCUAGAAUAUUCUGCAGUCUGUCUGCAUUCUCAACCACAAGACUGAGGCCUGAUUCCUUUUUUGACACAAAGGAGAGCUAUGCAAGUCAGGAUCUGUGCGUGGAGUUUGGCUCAAGUGUGUUGUGACAGAGGCUAUGCAGACGCAGACGCAAAGAACUGACCCAACUAAAGCUCUUUGUAAACAAUAAAUUACUUUCCUCUUUUAAACAAUAAAUUAAAAAAUACAUAUA